UAUCACUCGCUCCAUAAAAUUAGAGGCAUUUUGUACAAUUAUCUUGCAAUACGUUGAUCAAAAUCGUGUACAACUUGGUGCACAAAUCACUUUUAAAGCCUUGUAUUUAACCAAAAAGGAAAUGAGUAAUUACUGGGAAAUCAAAACUCGUUAG